AUGCCUACGAUCAAACUGUCUCCAUGGGAGAUCUCGCUGUCAGCGCUGUCAGAGCUGCUGUCGCGCUACGAUAGCACUCUCGCCCGCGUAUACCGUGACAAACUGGCCGCAAAGGCUGGCAAAGCUGCCAAAUCGUCGAUACCCAAGGCAAAAGAAAAGGAUGUUGAAGACAGACUGAAGCUGUUCGUGGAGCUGGAUGGCUGGCGUUAUACCACUCUCCCAGCCAUUCUGCUCGAACGAGCAGCCGGCAACGAAGACAACGAGAGCAAAGGAGAAACGAAGCAUGUCAACGGCUAUAUCAACAAGGACGAACUGGUCCGUUUGAUGGACUGGAAGCUAAAACAUGGCUCUUUUCGACCUGCGCUUAUGGGCUUGAUUCGUUCGAAUCCGGAGCCACAGGUAGAAUCCAUUAGCAAGGACGCGUUCUCAAAGCUGGCAGAAGCCGCUAGGGCCGGAGUCUUUCCUGAAUCAAGUCUGCAGCUGCUCUGUAAAGGAUUCCGUGGAGUCGGUCCCGCAACGGCAUCCCUCGUUCUAUCACUUGCACCGCAUACCGACGCCUAUCAAACGCCUUUCUUCAGUGAUGAGCUGUACUACUGGCUCUGCCUGGACUUGUAUUCGUCCGGCAAACGGAUGCAAAAGCACAAUCUUCCGAAGCUCAAAUACAAUCUAAAGGAAUACCAAGAUCUAUGGGAUGCAUUCUCACGGUUACGCACACGCAUUCAAAAGCUCUCUGAAGAAAGCAAGGCAGAACAUUCAUUUUCAGCGCAGGAUAUUGAAAAGAUUGCAUUUGUGGUGGGCCAUCUCGAGGCUGCCAGCUUGGCCAGGGGUGAUUCCAAAGACCCGUCAAAACCGGUCCCAGAACCUUCGCCUACCGGGCUCGAUCGAGAAGAUGAAAAAGACCAAGGCAGAAGGACUAGGAAAAGGAAGAGAAGGGACAUCUAG